AUGUCUAAAAGUUUUUAUAAUACAUCCAAUUUAAGCAAUUUUAACGUUAUUACUUAUAGCCGAUUUAAUUUAUCUGAGAAUGAAUCAGACAUACAUGUAUUUGUCGACGAAUAUAAAGAGCGUAUAAAAAAACAAUUACUUCGUGAAGAAGAGGCUGCUAAAACGCAAUUUGUAUCGUUCGCCGAGAAACGGUUCAGCGUUACUGAUAUAGAAUGGCUUCAAGACAAUGAAGAGCGAUUCUUUAAGGACACAGCAAAUGAAAAUUUGUUAAAAAUUGAUUAUUUAUCCGAUCUAGGAUUCAUUUGUUGUAUGAUUUAUUCUCCCGAUGGAGAAUAUCUUAUUGUUGGUCACUCUACUGGAUUAAUACAGAUGCGACAUGGCAGUACUGGGACAGUGUUGUGUACAUUACGUAAUAUACAAUUCCCGCCAAAACCAGUCUAUGCUUUAUCGUACAGUCGGCUAGAAGAAAAGGUUUGCUAUGCAGCUUGCAUGGAUGGAGCAAUAUAUAGAAUCGAAAUACCAAAUGUAUCUGCAUCGACAGACUUACCUCCAGAAUAUUGUAUUCGAGCAGACCCGGGUCUUGAGUGCCUUAAUAUGCAGUUCUAUGGAACACCAGGAAUAUCGUCACAUUCAAUUCCUUUUAUCACACAAAGAUCUCCGGCGCUUUCUUUGGGAUUAACUGCUGACCAAUCGAAGAUGGUCGUUGGAUAUGCUGACAGUUCAAUAAAAAUCUAUGAUAUGGAAACCCAAGAGGCCGCAGUGACUUACAAAGUACAUAAGUUGCGAUUACAGUUUAUACCCAAGAAAUUACAACGUAUCCAUUUUGGUCAAGUGUGUGCUUUACGAUGUCAUGACCAGAGACCUUUUAUAUUCGCUUCCGGAGGUUGGGAUAAAACUUUAAGGAUCUGGGACACUCGUUGUAAAGUUGGGUGCGUGAUGACUUUUGAAGGUGUCGAUAUCUGCAGUGAUAGUAUUGAUUUAAAUAGAGAUCACUGCAUCGCUGGUAGUUGGCAACCAACAGAAGCACUCACUGUAUGGGACUUGGUCGCUCGUAAGCGACUCAACAUCAUUAUACAAAAUCGUCGCCCUGAUGUUGACGGUGAAUACAUUUAUGCCUGUAGAUAUUGGAGAUCUUCACAGUAUAAUCGUAAAGGCAAGUAUUGUAUUAUUGGUGGAAGCGGCACAAAUACGAUUGAAGUUAUAAAUCUUCAUAACAGGUAUAUAGCUUGUUCAUAUCCAGCAGCUGGAACUAUCCUUGCGAUAACAAGUCACGAGAAUCGUAUAGCAUUCGGCGGAACUGCUCCAGUAUUCAACAUUGUAUCAUUCCACGACCCUAAACAUGAAAAGUAUGAUGCUUUCGAAAAUUCUGAUGCAGAUUAUAAUAAAGGCGUUGUAACAUUAUUCGAUGAAGAUAAUAAAUAUUAAUCAGGUGAAGUAGACGAUGAAUAUUUUUAAUCUACUUGAGCAAAACUAGGUCUUGGAAUUGAACUGAUUCUGCGAUA